AUUAUGACCAAACGGCAAAGGGAAGACCAAGUGCCGGAGACUUCAGCUCCCUCCUCUACCGUUAGGAUCGCUGUUGGCACCUACGAGCAUGUCUUGCAUGGCUUUGACGCCGUCAUCAGCAUGCAAAAGGACAAGCUUACUUGCGUCUUCAACCGCGUAUGGCUCUUUGAAGCGCACACAGCCCAAGUGCGUUCUUUGGCUGUCGGUGGACGGUAUCUAGCCAGCGGUGGUGUCGACGAGAUUGUCAAACUCUAUGACCUUCGGAAACGCAAAGACCUCGGGUCUCUUCUCUCACAUGACGGCACCGUGACCACGAUCCAAUUCGCUCCCUGUGCAGCAGGCGAGCAGCCCCAGCAUAUGCUCACUGCUGAUGAAAAUAACAAGCUCAUCAUCUGGCGUGUGCGUGAUUGGACGCCGCAAAUUCAGCUUGCCACACGGCAUGGCAAGGUCAACUCCCUAUCUAUCCACCCUUCCGGCAAAAUCGCCUUGUCUGUGGGCGCCGAUUGUAAUGUGAGAUUAUGGAACUUGGUCACUGGGAAAAAGGCAGCCGCGCAUUCGCUCAUUAUCAAGCCUGCCCCUGGCACACCAAAACCUCUGAGACGCGAAUCGGCAGAAGGCCUACAGGUCGCAUGGAACACACAAGGAGACGCGUAUGCGAUUCUGUUUGAAAAGAGCAUCAAACUCUAUGACAUGUCUGCUGCCCUGCAACAUACAUUCUCUGCCGGUACUUCCAAAUUUCAUGCUAUGCGGUACAUGACUCUACCAGAUGGUCAGGAAUUACUCGCUGCAUCACUCGACUCGGGCGUCAUUCAAAUGCUCGACCCAGUCAAGCAAGAACUCGAUUCUGAGCUGACUGGUCAUGCAGCCCGCGUCAAGUGUUUAGAUGUACAGACCGUCACGCCACAGGGAGCAACAGACUCGUUACUCCUUCUGUGCAGUGGAAGUACAGACGGCCACAUCAAAAUUUGGACUCAAGGG